AUGACUAAAAAGCUUACUGUCCUCAUUACCGGCUGCUCUGAUGGCGGUCUCGGCUCUCAUCUUGCUCUCCAAUUUCAGGCAGCUGGAUGGCGCGUCUUUGCCACAGCUCGAAAUUUGUCCAAGCUCAAGGAGGCCAAGAAGUCAGGCCUCGAAAUACUUCACCUCGACACCUUGUCUGAUGACUCCAUCUACAAGUGCGUUUCUGAGGUUAGCGAGCUAACUGGCGGAUCACUUGAUGCGCUAGUCAAUAACGCUGGCGCUGGAUACUCAAUGCCAGUCAUGGAUAUUGAUAUUCAGAAGGGACGUGAUCUUUUCGAGCUCAAUGUCUGGUCCAUCAUCAGUGUGUCGCGGGCCUUCCUUCCUCUUCUUAUGAGAUCAACCCGCGAGGGUGGUGCUCUUCUCGUUAAUCACGGCUCUCUCUCCGGAACCAUUGCAGCCACAGGCCCAUUCGCAGGUGUAUACAACGCCUCCAAGGCAGCGGCAGCCAGCUUUACGGAGAAUCUACGUUUGGAGCUCCGGCCGUGGAAUAUCAGAGUCAUAAACCUGCUAACGGGUGCUGUCCGAUCAAAUUUUCAUGUCAAUGCGCCACGUUCCGAAUUGCCACCAGAUUCGCUAUUCAAUAUUGCCAAGGAUGUAGUUGAACAGGCUAUGGAUAAUUCGGAUGAUUCUGGUGAUACUGAUCCUGCCACAUGGGCGCGGGAGAUUGUGCAGGAACUCAGCAAACGCAGCCCAGCAUAUUGGAUCUGGCGUGGCAGGUUCUCGACGUUGGUGAGACUCGGUAACAUUCUGCCACUGGGAUUCUUUGAUCGCAUUAUGAAAAAGAUGGUAGGACUGGACGUGAUCGAGCAAAGGGUUAAGCGACGACGGUCUACUUCUUAA